CCUGCAUGUGCUGCUGCACUGCAACCUGCUGCAGGUCAUGUACAUGCUGCGGCUGGGUAAGGUGAAGGAGCUCACCAAGCAGUCCCAACCGCCUCCGGGGCAGCCGGGACAGGGGCCUGCCCCCGCGGACAUGGACGGCCCCGACACGCCCCCGCCCCCCAUCCUGCAGCACCUGGACACCACCCUGGACCAGCUCGCAGCAGCCCUCGCACAGCAGCAGCAGCAGCAGCAGGGGGCAGUGCAAGGAGGGAGCCCAGUCGCAACAGGCGCAGGGACAGGGGUGUCAGCGGCACCAGCAGCAGCAGCAGCAGCAGCAUUGCCGUACAGCCUAGCCGGGUUCCCCUCCCUCUCCCUGGAGCCGCUGGUGUGCCUGGUGGGGGCGCUGGUGCUGCGGGGGGGCUGCAUGAGGCCGCGACUCACCGACCGCUACCUGGAGCGAGGGCUGCUCUCCGUGUCCCGACUCCUCGCACUGCUGGGUGUGCGGCCGCUGCCUGGGGCAUCCGGCGGGGCGGAGGGCGGGGCGGCGGAGGGCGAGGGGGAUGCGGAUACGGAGCAGGGCGAGGGCUGUCUGCCGCCCCAGUGUCUGGAGGGCGCGAGGUGGGGGCUGGUGCUGCAGCUGCUGCUGCUGGAGUGCAGGGCGCAGGUGCUGCUGAGCAAGGCCGAGCUGUCCUCCGCCCGCGAGGACGUGCUGCGCUGCCAGCAGCUGGCGGAGCGCUACCCGCACCUGCUGGCGGCGCACCUGCCGGGGCUACACGCGCUGACGGGGCAGUACUGCGUGGCAACGGGGGAGCUGCCGGCGGCGGCGGCGCACUUCGAGUUUGCCCGAACCAGCGCCCCCAGCCGACCCGCUGCCGCCCUAGCUGCC